CCCCCACCGCCAUCUCCAUCCCCCAAAGGAGGAGGCCGGGGACCUGGUCCAGCCGGGCAUCAGCUUCCCGGGGCCGGCAGAGGACGAUCUGGACCAGCAGUACUCGUGGUCUCCCGCUCAGCACUUCAAUGAGGAAAGAUACUCCCCCGCCCCCAGGAACAUGAAAGGGUUCCCGGGGAGCCGGAGCCAAGCCCCGCUGUGUUCCGCCCACACCUGCGGCCUGGCCCCGCCCGACGACUGCGAGCACCUGCGCCACGGGCCGGACCCGCGGCCGCCCUACCUGCUGAGCCCCGCGGACGGCUGCCCGGCGGACCACCACCGCUGCUCGCCCCGCAGCUCCGUGCACUCCGAGUGCGUGAUGGUGCCCGUGGUGCUGGGCGGGCACGUGUCCAGCAGCACCUUCCCCAGGAUGCACUACAGCUCCCACUACGACGCCAGGGACGACUGCGCCGCGCCCCACGCCGGCGCGAAGGCCAACCGCAUCCCCGCCAACCUCCUGGACCAGUUCGAGAAGCAGCUGCCCCUGCACCGGGACGGGUUCCACACCCUGCAGUACCAGCGGACGUCGGCCGCCGCGGAGCAGCGGGGCGAGAGCCCGGGCCGGAUACGGCACCUCGUCCACUCCGUGCAGAAGCUCUUCACCAAGUCCCACUCCUUGGAGGGCUCCUCCAAGGGCCACGUCAACGGGACCAAGGGCGAGGGCCGGGCGGAGGACCACCACCACGGCCACCACGCCAAGCACAGCAGGCGGAGCAAGAGCAAGGAGCGGAAGCCCGAGAGCAAGCACAGGUCGGGCCUGAGCAGCUGGUGGAGCUCCGACGACAACCUGGACAGCGACAGCACCUGCCGCGCCCCCAGCGUGGCCAGCCGGCCCCUGGCGGACCGCCUGUCCCACUGCUACCCCGAGCCGCUGCCGGGCCCCUUCGGGGACCUCUCCCUGAAGACGUCCAGGAGCAACAACGACGUCAAGUGCUCGGCCUGCGAGGGCCUGUCCCUGACGCCCGACGCCAAGUACAUGAAGCGGAGCUCCUGGUCCACGCUGACCGUGAGCCAGGCCAAGGAGGCGUAUCGCAAGAGCUCCCUGAACCUGGACAAGCCGCUGGUGCACCAGGAGAUCAAGCCGGCCCUGAGGCCGUGCCACUACCUCCAGGUGCCGCCGGACGAGUGGGCAGGGUACCCCCCCGGGGGCAAGGAGGACGAGAUCCCCUGCAGGAGGAUGCGGAGCGGCAGCUACAUCAAGGCCAUGGGCGACGACGAGAGCGGGGAGUCCGACUCCAGCCCCAAGACGUCGCCCACGGUGGCCCUGCGGCCGGAGCCCUUGCUCAAAUCCCUGGGACAGAGGCCGCUGGGAGGGCUGCAAACCCAGAGCUACCUGCAAGCGGCCAGCGACGGGCCUGCAGGUCACGGCCUGGACCCCUCUGCCAACUACAACUCCCCCAAGUUUCGCUCCCGGAACCAGAGCUACAUGAGAGCUCUCAGCAUGCUGAGCCAGGCCAGCUGCGUGAGCCAGAUGAGCGAGGCCGAGGUCAAUGGGCAGUUCGAGUCCGUGUGUGAGUCCGUCUUCAGCGAGGUGGAGUCUCAGGCCAUGGAUGCCCUGGACCUCCCCGGGUGCUUCCGGACGCGGAGUCACAGCUACCUUCGCGCCAUUCAAGCUGGUUACUCCCAAGAUGAUGAAUGUAUUCCCGCACUGACACCCUCCAACGUCACCUCCACUGUCAGGUCCACAGCAGCCGUCUCCUAUACAAACUACAAAAAAACACCGCCGCCGGUGCCCCCGCGGACCACCUCCAAGCCUCUGAUCUCAGUAACGGCCCAGAGCAGCACCGAGUCCACGCAGGAUGCCUACCAGGACAGCCGCGCCCAGAGGAUGUCCCCGUGGCCCCAGGACGGCCGUGGCCUCUACAACUCCACGGACAGUCUGGACAGCAACAAGGCCCUGAACCUGGCCCUGGAGACAGCCGCCGCCCAGCGCCACGCCGCAGAGGGCCAGGGCGGCCUGGGCGGCCUGGGGCGGACCAGCGAUAAGGCCAUCCUGGCGUCCAAAGCCGAGGAGUUCCUCAGGGGCCGGCGCUCCUCCAUCGGGAUCCAGGACUCUGAGUUCCCCGAGCGCCAGCCAUACCCAAGGUCAGAUGUGGAAACCGCCACCGACUCGGACACGGAGAGCCGCGGCCUGCGGGAGUACCACUCGGUCGGCGUGCAGGUGGAGGAUGCCAAGCGACACGGGCGUUUCAAGCGCUCCAACAGCGUGACGGCGGCCGUGCAGGCCGACCUGGAGCUGGAGGGCUUCCCGGGACACGUGGCCACGGAGGACAAGGGCCUGCAGUUCGGCUCCUCCUUCCAGCGGCACUCGGAGCCCAGCACGCCCACGCAGUACGGGGCGGUGAGGACGGUGCGCACCCAGGGGCUCUUCAGCUACCGAGAGGACUACCGGGCGCCUGCGGACACGGCGAACCUGCCGCCGCCCGAGCCCUGGCUGGAGCCGGAGGCCACGGAGAGCGGGAGGAUGUCGCCCUGCCGCCGGGACGGCUCCUGGUUCCUGAAGCUGCUGCACACGGAGACGCAGAGGAUGGAAGGCUGGUGCAAGGAGAUGGAGAGGGAGGCGGAGGACAACGACCUCGCCGAGGAAAUCCUCGGCAAGAUCAGGAGCGCCGUGGGGAGUGCCCAGCUGCUCAUGUCCCAGAAGUUCCAGCAGUUUUACUGGCUCUGCCAACAGAACAUGGACCCCAGCGCCAUGCCCAGACCCACCUCCCAGGACCUGGCAGGCUACUGGGACAUGCUCCAGCUCUCGGUCGAGGACGUCAGCAUGAAGUUCGAUGAGCUGCAGCAGCUGAAACUCAACGACUGGAAGAUGACAGAGUCUCUGGAGAGAAAGGAAGAACGGAAGGUCCCCCCUCCAAUACCAAAGAAGCCCCCCAAAGGGAAGUUUCCCAUCACAAGAGAGAAGUCCCUGGACCUGCCCGACCGGCAGCGGCAAGAAGCCCGGAGACGCCUGCUGGCUGCCAAGCGGGCCGCGUCCUUCCGCCAGAACUCGGCCAGCGAGCGGGCCGACAGCAUUGAGAUCUACAUCCCCGAGGCCCAGACCCGGCUCUAG